GCGCGGCGCGGGGCCCGGGCGGCGGCGGCGGGAGGUGCUCUUCUGGGACAUCAGCAGAAAAAGUGGAUGGCACUGGAGAUUAGUUGGAAGUUCAUCUUGAUUUUGUCCUCUGCACACCCCUCAUGAAAUGCAGGCUUCAGGCAGCUUCCUUCCCCCUGUGCUCGGGCAUCAUGAUACAGGCAGCUGGAUCCAGCUGCAGAAGCUGCUGGCUGAUGAGAAGAUGCGAUGUGAUACCCAUAAAGCAAACUAUCAGACUGUGAAGGCACAGCUUCUCAGUUUGCAGGAUGAGUACAGAAGGUCACAAGAUGAGCUGGAGAGGCUGGUGGCUGAAAGGCAAGCCGAACGUGACAACUUCCAGUUACGCCUCGCUGACUGUCAGGAGAAGUUGCUGGGCAAAACACAAGAGGUGGAAACACUGAAGAUGCAGGUACUAACCCCUCAAAAAAUGGAGCUGUUAAGAGCACAAAUUCAGCAGGAGGUGGAAGCUCCGAUGAGCGAGCGGCACCGGAAGCUGGAGAAUGAAGUGGAGAAGUACAGGACAGAGUACAACAAGCUGCGCUACGAGCACACUUUGCUGACGUCGGAGUUUGCACACCGGAGCCAGGAGCACGCGCGGCUCCUGGAGGAGAAGGAAACCAAACACAAGGCUGAGAUUGCCAGGCUGGAUGAGGACAAAGAGGAACUCCAGAAGCAGCUGCUUAGCGUUGAUCCCACGAGGGACAGCAAACGUGUGGAGGCCCUCUCCAGAGAAAAGGCACAGCUCUGUCAGAAGCUGAAAAGCUUAGAAGCAGAAGUGGCAGAGCUGAGAGCAGAAAGAGACAACUGUGGUGUGCAAGCAGAGACCGUUCAGAGAGUGCAAAUGCGACAGCUCGCGGAGGUGCAGGCUGUGGCAAGGGCUCUAGAGGCAGGCAGAGAAGACAUCCUCCUGACCAGCAAACUUCACAAGUCUGAGCGAGAAGUCAGUGCCUUAGCUGCUAAAGUAGAAGAGCUUAAACAUUCACACAAACUGGAAGUAACAAAUGUCAGACUGGAGGCAGCAAGAACAAAGAGCGAGGUAGAAAGGGAGAGAAACAAGAUUCAGAGUGAAAUGGAUGGGCUGCUGUCCGACAGGGAGGUUCUGCAGGCGGCUCUGCAGCGCCACAAGGAGCUGUUAGUCGAAAAGGAUCGGGAGCUGGUUCGCAAGGUGCAGGCUGCCAAGGAGGAGCUGCUGGGUCAGCUUGCAGGCCUGCAGCAUGAGAAGUUGGAACUGGAGAACAGACUGGCUGACCUAGAGAAGAUGAUACUGGAACAAGAUGGCUGGAGGCAGUCUGAGAAGGAUCAGUAUGAAGAGAAGCUGCGAGCUGUGCAGGGGGCAGAGGAGUCCAGCAGGAAGGAGCUGCAGCGCCUGCGGUCAAAAAUUCAACAACAAACUCUUCAGACAAAGGAGCUGGAAGAAAAGAACCAUGAAAAUGCUGGUCUGAAGCAGCAAAUUGACGACAUGCAGCUCCAGCUUGCCUCGCUUUCUCAGGCAGAAAAUGACUUGCUGGAGUCUAAUCAGAAGCUGAAGGAAACAAUAGAGAGACUAACCCAAGAAUGUCAAUAUGCAAGGACUCAGGCAGAGAAAGCUCAACUGGAAACAGAGAAGACUGUGGAACAGCAGCGCCUGGAGUGGCUGGGGGAGAAGCAGCUCCUCGCCCAGCGCCUGGCGGAGCGGGAGGAGAGGCACAGCCAGAUGAAGAACAAGCUGCAGCGAGCUGCUGUCGCUCAGAAAAAGAGGAAGACUCUCAAUGAUAACAAACACAGGAGGAUGCAAGAGAAACUGGACCUCUUGGAAGCCAAGAUAGAAGAGCUAGAGAAAGAAAAUCAAGUGUUGAACAGGCAGCACGUGCCCUACGAGGAGCACCGGCGGCUGCAGAGGCAGCUGCAGGAGCUGCGCCGCCGGCACGACGCCUUCCGCAGCCUGAUCCUCAACCCCGGCCUGCCACCGCUCCCUCCCAGGCCAGCCUCCACCCUGCCUCCUGGGCCUGCUCUCUCCUUCCCCCUCCUGCAGGAGGAACAGCAUCAGGAAGAGCUUUCUCUCCUCCGCAAGCGGCUGGAGGAGCUGGAAACCACACAGAGACAGCAGCUGGAGGAGCUGGGAGCAGCCAGAGGGCCUGCAGCCAUGGGGGCCUGCAGGGAUGGGGCUGGAAAGCAGGGCAGCAGAGCUGCUGAUACAGAGUGA